AUGAAGAUAGAUGAUAGUGAUGAUCUUUCCAUGGUAUUCCUUGACUCACGUGCAGAGCGUUUGCUGUCAUGUUACGUCCCAAACACUGGUUGGAGGCAUUGCUUAUGUGCACUGAUAGAUCUUCUAGAGAAUCCUGUGACCAAAUAUAAGCUGCACAUAGGGUAUAUUCUUGAGGAAGUGAAAUAUAGGGACAGACUCCUCCUGCGCGACGAUCGUCUUGUCGUACUUCUCUCGGUGUUCCGCAACUCCAAAGAUCAUCUUCUUUCACUUAACUCAGUGUUCCGCAAGCCAAUCCACAACACGCCUGAAGACAACGAAGAAAACUGCCACAAGGAAGGACGGUAUGAUUCUGAAGCUAUGAAGAAAGCAUUCAGAGUACUACCAUUCAAGGAUUAUUUAAAAGGUAGUUACAAGAAACUUUCGGAGAAUUUGUGCAAUUGCAUCGAGAUACUGUACAGUGAUCAUCCAAGAAGUUCAGAAACAGGACAGAGCUUUCAGUGUAUGCUGGAAGUGCUUGAAUUGAGCGAAAUUCUCCAUACUUUGAUAAGUUGUUAUGCGGAUAAUGAUGAUAUUUGGCCAGAUGAAGUUCUUGAGGGAAAUAUAGAAGAGGACUGUAACCCUGUUUCCUGGCCUCAGCAGCUAGCAUUUCUGCGGACUAACACAUGCAAAAAAUCCAAGUUCAAGCUGGCCAGAUCCCUAUGUGUGCAAGAAUUAAGAUAUCUUCGCAAAAACUUGGAGCUUCCAGAUUGUUACAGCACGAGGUCAAUUCAACUGUAUUUGUUACAGCGAGCGAAAUGUAUUCUCUGUACAGUUUCUAGUUCUUUCAGGUUGUACACUGUGCCCAUGGACAACUCUAUUUCUGAACGCGGAUUUGUCACGAAGCCUGAAAAUUUAAAUCCUCUGGAGUUGCUGGUUGUCGACGAGGCUGCACAGCUCAAAGAGUGUGAGACCUUAAUUCCCUUGCAGCUGCCUGGUAUAAGGCAGGCUGUUUUCAUUGGAGACGAAUAUCAGUUACCUGCUCUGGUGAAAAGCAAAAUAUCUGACAAUGCUAAGUUUGGGCGAAGUGUUUUCGAGAGGUUAAGUAUGCUGGGCUAUGGUAAGCACCUUCUCAAUGUGCAAUACAGGAUGCAUCCGAAAAUAAGCAGGUUUCCAGUUGUUACAUUUUACGAUGGGAAGAUAUCUGAUGGUCCCAAUGUGACUACUAAAAGCUACGAAAAGAGUUUUUUAGCAAGCAAAGUGUUUGGGUCGUACUCAUUCAUAAAUGUAGAGGGAGGACAUGAAACAACUGAGAAGCACGGCCGUAGCCUGAAAAACACAAUUGAAGCUGCUGCAGUUUCGCGGAUAGUGCAGAGGUUGUUCAAAGAGUCAGUUUCUACAGGAAUCAAGAUCUCUGUUGGUGUUGUGUCCCCAUAUAAUGCUCAAGUUAGAGCAAUCCAUGAAAAAAUCGGGAAAUCCUACAAUAUGCAUGAUGGUUUCUCCGUGAAAGUGAAAUCUGUGGAUGGUUUCCAAGGUGCAGAGGAAGAUAUUAUUAUCAUAUCAACAGUGAGGAGCAACAAGGCUGGUUCUGUUGGAUUUCUUACAAACAUGCAGAGGACCAAUGUGGCUUUGACAAGGGCUAAACACUGUUUAUGGAUAGUUGGAAAUGGGAUGACUUUGUCGAACAGCAAGUCUGUUUGGCAGAAGAUAGUGAAAGAUGCACAAGAUAGAGGGUGCUAUUUUGAUGCCUGUGAAGACAAAGAUCUGUCGAAUGCUGUAAACAACGCUGUCAUUGAGCUUGAUGAUGCCGAGAAUUUAGUGAAGAUGGACUCUCUGCAUAUUAGCAGGCCAAGGUUUCAGAACUCAAGGCCUAAAUAUCGUUAG